GGCGGUCGAACUACAAGCCAUUUUGGGGACGGUGUCAGUUUCCACGGAGCACACACACACACUGCUGCGUUUUACUGGGGGGCGAAGCGGAUAUUUUGGAGGCAAAGUUAUCGGUGCCGAAGUGGGAAGCUUUCCGAGCCGGAGCCGAAGGACCGGGAUCUCUUGGAAGGCGUCUGUCGGACACGCACACGCCGCGCAAUCGCCGAGGAAACGGGGAGUUUUUAUUCGCACAUCUGAAAUGCGCUCCAGUCCGCCGUGCGCUCUCCGCCACUGACAGCGUCUGCAGCCUGCUUCAAGAUGGCGGCUCUACUCCUAUUCAUUUUCUGCUGAUCGCCUCCCAACUUUCAUUGUCUACUCGCCUCGGUGCCCACCGAUUCCCGGCCGAACCUUCAGGGAUUGUUGUUCCUUCCUCUCAACAUGCAUCGGACGACCAGGAUAAAGAUUACCGAGCUCAACCCUCACCUCAUGUGCGUUCUGUGUGGAGGAUACUUCAUAGAUGCAACCACCAUCAUCGAAUGUCUUCAUUCAUUUUGCAAGAUGUGCAUUGUGCGCUAUCUGGAAACCAGCAAAUACUGUCCCAUCUGUGAUGUACAAGUGCACAAAACCAAGCCACUGCUCAACAUUAGGUCUGACAAAACUUUACAGGACAUUGUGUACAAACUGGUCCCCGGCCUCUUCAAAAAUGAGAUGAAGAGGAGAAGAGACUUUUACGCAGAGCACCCCGUAGAUGCGUCUAAUGGAACAAAUGAAGAUCGUGGAGAGGUAGCAGAUGAGGACAAGAGAAUUAUUACAGACGAUGAGAUCAUCAGCCUCUCUAUUGAGUUCUUUGAUCAAAGCAGACUGGGAGGAGCAGUGGAGGACAAGCAGUCAAAAGAUCAGGUGGCUAACAAGAGGUACUUGCAGUGUCCAGCAGCCAUGACAGUUAUGCAUCUGAGAAAGUUUCUGCGCAGCAAAAUGGACAUCCCAAACACCUACCAGGUUGAAGUCAUGUAUGAAGAUGAACCUCUGAAAGAUUACUACACGCUAAUGGAUAUAGCAUAUAUCUAUACUUGGAGAAGGAACGGCCCGCUGCCGCUGAAGUACCGAGUCCGACCCAACUGUAAGAAGAUGAAGGUGAGCCACGCGCAGCAGGAAGGUCAGAACAGCGCGAGCAGAUCCGGGCAGGAGAGCGACUCUGCCAGCGACAAAGCCGGAAGUCCAGCCGGGGCUCCGUCCACGUCCUCGUCUCUGCCGAGCCCCGGCACGCCUGCGCAGUCCCCGCACCCGCACGGCAACAGCAACAACAACAGCAGCGGCUGCACAGUCAACGGGACUCCCACCGCCACAGCCCCGAGCCCUAGCCGACCCUUCACCCAGUUCUGCGGCGGCAACGGCGGCAAACCCCGAAAGGUUUCUCUGAACGGCUCGUCGACCUCAUCCGGAUGACGCGGGGCUCCAAGCAGUGCCGGACCAGACCAGCCAACGCCAGACACCCGCUCAGCUAAUACUGUUUUCAUGCCAACGUAGUUACAUUGUGUAGACAAUGUGCUCUCUCUCUCUCUCUCUCUCUCUCUCUCUCUCUCUCUCUCUCUCUCUCUCUCUCUCCAUUUGUUGUUCUCAAUAUUAUGGCGUCAUCUGUAAGUUUAAACGUAGUGGAAUCGGAGACAUUUCAAAAUAAAAUAAAAAAAGAAAGAAAGAAGAAAGGAAAAGCGGCGUGGGAAUUUUGAAAAGAAAACGAGAUGUCGAGGGUGGAGGAGGAGGGGAAAAGGAAGUUUGGAAGGAUGGAGAAGGACAAACAUGUACUUUUUUUUGAAAGAAAAAGCUGCAUCUUUAUUUUCCUGAAGUGACUGAAGGUGACUCUUCUGUUCCUGUUUUCACGUCUUUCAAAUUAAAAGUGUUUAUCAUGAUUACUUCAUGUGCGUGUGGGGUGGAAACUUUAAACAUGCAUGCUCAUGGUAGCGCCACUUUCCUUAUUUUAUUUUUCAUUUUUUUUUUGGUCUCAGAGAAGAUUCGCUUGUUUGUCCCAUGAGUGUAAUUUUGGACGUUUUUUUUCUUUUCUUUUUUUUAAAGAAGUGUCCAGGCACACCUUGUACCAAUGAAAGGAGAAAACAAAAAAGUUUGUAUAGGGCUGUAGGGUGGACAAAAAACCUACGGAAGAAGAAUCGACUUUACUUUUUACUGGAAGAAGAAAAACGUUUCUUGUAACUGCAGUGGACUCGGAUUGCUCGUCCUCCACGACUUUAACGCUCCGUUUUAGAGAAUCCGUGUGUAAAUAGAAGCAAAAUGCAUAUUUAAUCAGCGGCGAUGUUAUUCUCUUAUUCCCCUUUAUUCCGUGGGGAUGACUUGGGCUCCUCUUCAGCUUCAUUUCAUGCUCAACGACAGAUGUUUUGAUGUCUCUUUGUUUGUUUUUUGUUUUUUUCUUGUGUUUUUUUUUCUUUCCGUAUUUGUAUCGCUCGAUUGUAUGGACAAGUUAUUGUAUUGUUACUGUUGCACAGUAUAAAACAUCUAAAUAAAACAUUUUACACUUA